GCAUGCGGCAGGGACAUCUUUUAGCAUUUUGUUUCCCUGCUGGAAUGUCCACAGUGUGGGGAGACACAGAGAUAUGUCAAGAGUGAACUUUAUCUCUGAGACGUCACAGAUUUAGUCACAGGCUUUUAUUUCUGAAUGCUCAAAAUAUUCACAAUGGAAAACAGAACUGGGAGGCUAAGCUCCAGAUAAGUGCCUGAUGAAGUAACUAACGUAGAAGACUGAACUUAUGCUCACUGUGAUUGGUACCCGGGCCCAGUAAAUGCUCCAUUCUGCCUAAAACAAGUCACAAAAGGAGCCAUACAAGGUCCAGAAGGAAAGCUGCGCAACCAAAUCACUCACUUAUAUCAGAAGAAUAAGGCAAUGACUGCUAAAUUGACCACUAGUGACACUCAUAACCGACAACUCCGGCAGAAGCUCUCUGCCCUGAGCCGGAAGCUAGAUGAACAGGAGAAUACAAACAAGAUCUUCCGCAGAGAUGAGGAGGAACGCCCAGAUCUGCGAGACAAAAUCAGCCGCAGUGACUUCAGGAACUCCAGCCUCAUGUCAGAAGUAGAGGAACUAACAAAUAGAGUUUUGGAGAUAGAGGGCAAAGAUGAAGAGUUGAUCAAGUUGGAGAACCACUGCCAGGACCUUACAGAAACGCUGGAGAUUGAAUCAACCAAAGGCCAGAGUUUGAGAGCAGAGGUGGACACACUGAAUUGCAGGAUAAUAGAGCUUGAGAAACUGGAGGAUGCAUUCAGCAAGAGCAAACAAGAGUGCUGCAUGCUGAGAAGCAACCUGGAGAAAGAGAAGAGUGUGAGCAAACAUCUAUCGGAUGAACUUGACAUGCUGAAGACAAAGAUAAAAGAGUUAGAAGCUAUGGAGAGUCAAAUGGAAAAGACUGAGCACACUCUUAAAGAGGACCUUACAAAACUGAAGGCGCUGACAGUAAUUCUUGUGGAUGAGAGGAAGACAAUGGCAGAGAAAAUUAAACAAAUGGAAGAAAAGCUUCAAAGGAGUCCAGGCAAGGUACUGGCUGAACAAGACAGAGUUACAAGAGUAACUGAAAAGCUUACUGGGGAGAACAAAAGAGGUUUAACACCCCAGGCUAGGCUUGAAGAGAAAAUACAGAAUGUGACCAGGGAUAGAGAAGAACUUAAAGAAAAGCUAAAGGCAGAAGAGGAGAGAAGCAAUGAUCUUCAAAUGAAAGUCAACAUGAUGAAGAAGAAGCUCCAAUCAAUGGAAGUUGUGGAGAGAGAAUUCCUGAAAAACAAAGCUAAAGAGGAGGACAUCAAAAUGUCUUCAAAUCAGUUCCACCAUGAAGACAACAAAGUAAAGGACCUGGCACAGGAAGUGGAAAGACUCAAGCGAAAGAUAAAAGACAUGAGGUUGGUUGAGGACGGCCUGCUCAAGACAGAGGAUGAAUUUCAAGCAUUGCAAAAGAGAUACAAUAAUGAGCAGCAGCGGGCAAAAAAGUUACUGGAAGAGUUAGAAAUAUCAAAAAAUGAGCUGUCUAAAUAUCAGAUGGCUGAGAAAAAAGACAACCAAGAAGACCUUCUGUAUAAGUGUUUGAAAGAGGAAGAAGCAAAGUCCAGGCACCUGAUUAGAGAACUGGAGGUCCUGAAGGAAAAGUUAAAUGAAUUCAUUGGCACAGAAGAGUCCAUUUGUCGCUUGAAAAAAGACCACUCCAUACUACAAAAGAAACUGACACAGGAAGAGAUGAAGAACAAAGAGUUAGCCAGAGAGAUGGAGAAGCUCGCCGCAGAGCUGGAGAGAUAUCGACACAUCGGCAAAAACCUUCGGCCAGGACUGAAUGCCAGGCAUUCCACAGACUUGCAGGUCUCCUCAAAGGAAGUACAAACAACUCUAUCAAGCAGCCAGCCUAUGGAAUACAAAAGUUUACCUUUGCUGGAACGACCAGUGCUGAAUGGAAAGGUGUACACAGAAGGCGACGUGGAGGAUGACUCAAAUUACCGCAAGCUGCCCUUUACCAAAUGCAGAACCUCUCUUGUCAACAACGCAAGCACCCUAAACAAAACCAUGAGGCACUCCUUCCCAAUAACUAAAGAAAGGCAAAAACCAGUAGUAAGCAGUAAGGCAAUGACUCGACAGAAUGGGAAUUAUGUACAACAAGGGGAUGUGGUGGUGAGACAUGCCCCAGGGCAGCCCCUUCAUAUCAAAGUGACUCCCGACCAUGGGCUAAACACCGCCAUGUUGGAGAUAAGCAGCCCUGGUGCAGAAAAUGCUCACUCCUACACCAGCACAGCUGUGAUACCCACAAGCGGUGCCCCGCCUAAGCAACAAAUCACCAUCAUUCAGAAUGCUAACGUGUCCCCUCCCAAAAUCAAAACUCCAUCCUCUCCUGAUGGGUUGUGCACCCCUGACAGACCAACAUCACCUGUCUCCAUGGCAGCUUUCUCAAGAGUGAUGAGCCCUGAGUCUUCGGUCUGCUUAACGCCAGAGAGAGCACUGUCGCCCAUUCAGAUCGUGUCAGUUACAACCGGAUCUCCAGAUCGUCCCCAGUCCACAGAAUUUGUGGAAGUGGUGGGAAGCCACGCUGUGUUCCGUCUGGCCCAGGAGAGGCAAAAUUGGCAGCUGGAGAGAUCCAGCAGUUCUGCCCCUAGUGUCAUCACCACAGAGGACAACAAAAUCCACAUCCAUUUAGGAAACUCUUACAUUCAGGCAAUAAAUAACACCUCUCAUCCCACAAAUCCAUGCUAUGUGUCUGAGCAAAGACAUAGAAGUUCAGGGAUAUUCAGUGGUAACUCCGUCACCAAAGGUGACAGCAAAAUCACCAGUAGCCUCACUAUAACACCUAACACCUCCCCAACUUCAAGGCAUCCACACAUCACAGUUAGCAGCCUAUAAGACUGACUUCACUUCUCCUACAUGCAUCAAAUCACCCUCCCCUUGCACAGCAACAAAACCCCAAGUCUGAACAGAGAAAAGCUGUCCCCCUAUAUAUCUAAUUAAGCACUUCUUCUCUAUUUCUUUUAUUUAUAUACUUUGAAUUAUAACUUAUGAGCAAUGAGAUCUGAACAAAAAGAUUGUGAUUUUUGACUACUGCUGAAACACUCGUAUAUCACCUGUGGCGAACUUGAGAUACAUGAAAGAGGCUGUAAUAAAGACACAACACAUAUGCAAUUAACCAUAAUCCUUAUAUAUGCAGUAAAUAAAUAAGUAUAAGUAUUACAAAGAAAAAUACAUGAUUUUUUAACACAGUAAAAUCUUUAAAUGAUGCCUGAAAAGACUGUGAAGGACAGCUAACCAAAAACCAUUUUACUCUGGGUAAACUCUUGUGCACAUACUGUAUAUGCUUAAUGCCAAACUGAUAUGUGUUUAAUUGUGAAUGAUUCCUUUCUAAUCAUUAAAAAGCAAAGGUUGAAUAAUG